AUGAGGCAGGUUGAUCUAAAUAUUCCACUACAGAAAUGUGAAGUUUGGGAAAUAGAAAGUGAGAAAGUAAGAAAAAUGUUAGAAUUUUGAUUAGGUUGUCCAAAGUAAAUAGAUAGAGAUACCAAAAUUUAUGAUUGUAGAAGGUUAAAGGGAAGUAAGACAUAAAAUUCCUUUGACAUAUAUACAUACAAAUAUUGUAUAUCCAGAUGAAAAUGAAUAUUCAUGUGAUGAAGAAGAUUAAGGAUUUGGAGUGGAUCCACUUGCUAUAUAAUAACUAGACAUAAGGAAUAACCUAUCUAAUACUAGGAACUACGUUCGUCAAUAUGAAUUACUGAAUUCCAUUAAUUACCCUCCAGAAUAUUAUAAUGCAAAGGUUGAACGUCUUUAGAGACCAUUGUUAAGAGUGUUCAUGAGAGCAUAAGAGAAUGAGUAAAAAAAUCAUUUUUAUAUUCAUCACUAGUUACCGAAUGAAUAUGCCCUUUCAUCCAAGUAGAGCCUACAAAUAAAAAAGAUUAAAACGACUUAAUAUACAGCUUCCUGAAUUUUAAGUAGGCAGAUAAAUCAUCUAUAAUGAGAAUCUUGUUGCUCUUCAUCUCAUUUCUUAAAUUAAACAGCGUGAACUAUUAAAAUUAAAACUAAUUAAAUAAGAUGAAGAAGAAUUUACCAAUACUUUUAAUAAUUGUUCAGAUAUAUUCAAUACUCUCAAAGAUUUAAGACUUGCCCUUAAAGAAGAAGAACCUUCAGAUAAUAAGGAUAAUAAAUCUAAAAUUUUUGAUUCAUGUUAAGAUCAAGAAUGCUAAUAUUAAUUUAAUACUCCUUUAAUUUCUUAAGCAGUUAUUGAAUUUAUGGAUGAUUAAUUUUAAUCUAUUAAAGAGAAAUAAAUUCUAUGGCCAAAAAAUCCAACCAUAUUAUCUGAUUGGAAUAUUGAUAAUUAUUCUAAAAUUGGUGUCUUUUAAUCAAAUAAACAAUUAGUUUAUUCAACUCUUUAAAGAACACUUUUCAUUUAAGAUAGAACUAAAAAAAAUAAAAAGAAAGUUAAAUUGAUGUUAAUUGAUAGAAAUAGAGCUUCAAUUUUUGAUGGUGUUAGAGCAGAUUAUGAACAUUUUAAUUCUCAUUAUUAAAGACAAUAGAUUAAAAUAGAAAACUCUAUUGAAUCAUAAAGAAAAGAUAUAUAAAAAUUUAAGUAAGAAUAAACAAAAAAAGAAAUGAUUGCAAAAAUGUAGUAGAAAAGAGAAGAAUAAAGAAAGCUACUUAAAAUUAGAUUGAAAGUUAAUUAUGUAGAAGAACCAAAAAUAGUUAAGACUGUAAAAAUAAAACAUUCUGAUGAAUUGAAAUUUUUAUUAGUCAAAAACGAUUCUACUCAUAUUUAAUUGAAAUAAGAGAAUUGUUAAAUCAUUCUAUAAUGA